GGGCGGUGACCGAGGGGAUUCGAACAGUCCUCAAGGCCAAUCAGGAGAGUCUGGGGGGCGGGGACCAUAACGCGGAUCAUCAAGUUGCAGUGGCUGGGAGAACAGUGCAAAACAAGAGGCUGGGGAUUGCGUUAGAGAUAAACCAUUUCGCUGCAGGAGCCCCUGAGUAAGGAGGAAGGAGUGCGCCGGUCAUCGUGAGGAAUCCGAGGAGCUCCUACAGCAGGUAAAAAGAAGUGGGUCAGGAUGGGUAAAGGAGACCCCAACAAGCCGAGGGGCAAGAUGUCCUCCUACGCCUUCUUCGUGCAGACGUGCCGGGAGGAGCACAAGAAGAAGCACCCGGACUCCCCGGUUAACUUCGCCGAGUUCUCCAAAAAGUGUUCGGAGAGAUGGAAGACCAUGUCUGCCAAAGAAAAGUCCAAGUUUGAGGAUCUUGCAAAAGGAGAUAAAGCUCGGUAUGACCGGGAGAUGAAAAAUUACGUUCCUCCCAAAGGUGAUAAGAAAGGAAAGAAAAAGGAUCCUAAUGCUCCCAAAAGACCACCAUCUGCAUUCUUCCUCUUCUGUGCUGAACAUCGUCCAAAGAUCAAAAGUGAACAUCCAGGCCUUUCUAUUGGAGAUACUGCUAAGAAAUUGGGGGAACUGUGGUCUGAGCAGUCGGCCAAAGACAAACUACCUUAUGAACAGAAAGUUGCUAAACUAAAGGAGAAAUAUGAAAAGGAUAUUGCAGCAUAUCGUGCCAAGGGCAAGGGAGAUGCAGGAAAGAAGGGCCCUGGCAGGCCAACAGGAUCCAAGAAGAAGAAUGAACCUGAUGAGGAGGAGGAAGAUGAAGAAGAGGAGGAUGAGGAUGAGGAGGAUGAUGAUGAAGAGUAAAUGAAUAUCCUGCUGUAAAGAUUUUUUGUGUGUGAUGAAAGUCAUUGUUUUGCUAAGAAUGUGAACUCAAGUGCAGCUCAUUGUUAGCUUCAGUAUAAAAAAACUGUACAGACAUGUGUAUAGGUAACGUGAUUGAUUCUUUGUAGGGAGAACCUCUAUUUUUUAAUGUAAGUAGGAGCUUUUGAGGGGCCACUCCGGAUAGAUUUUAAAGCUUCUGAUGUUGAAUGUUUCUGCAUAUUUAAUGGUUUCUUUUGAAUUUCUUGACAGUGUAUUGUUGUAGCACAGUAAAGCCCUAAGUAGUAUCAUAGCAAAUCUUAAGUUUUAUAGAACGUUGCAUUUUGUUUUUUUAAGAUGAUAAAAUAUUUUGUAAUAAAAUGAUGUACAUUACUAACUGUUUAUUGUCCUAAUUUAACUACUUUAAUUUAGCUGAUCUUUUGAAAAAUAGUAUAAAAGUUGUGACCAUGGGCAAGUCACUUGUACUACCUCUCUAAGCCUCCAGCUUCCUUAUCUGUAAAAUGAAGGGACCAGAAAAAAUUGAUUAAAGUUCCUUCAGAUUUUGUUUUUAAAGGGCCUAUAAUUUCUUGAGCCUUGUAGCUAGUACAAAGUUUUGUUUUUAAAAAGCUGAAUAUUUUUUUUCAUCGUCUAUAAACUUGAAUUCGGUUUGCCCUAAAGCUAGAUUUUUAAAAAAAUUUCCAUCUUGAAACUGCAGAGGUAGAAAAUCAUUUAAGAUGAUUAUAUCUUCAUAUAUUGUGGCCAAAUCAUAAAGCAUAUUGGGGGGGAGUGUUAGUAUUUCAUUAGAAUUUGAAAUUGUGGGUCAAGAUUAUAGUACUAGGGAAAUAUCAUUUUGUUAGUUUAAGGGAGCAGUUGUCAUGAGUUUUGUCAGGGAGCCGUGUGUGUUUAAAUAAGAACUGCUGAUUGGUUAUAAAGUUUCAGAGACAUUUUUGUAGAAUGUGCAAUUGAACAUAAACCAAAAAUUUAAGUGUAUAUAUACAUAUACAUAUAUAUAUAUAUAUUGCCAUUUCCUAAAAAGAAGCCAACAUUCAUAUUCCUCACCUUUUCCAAUUUGGAUUAUAUGUAGUUUGUAAUAUGCUGUUAGUAUGUUAGUUGAAUUAAGGCUUGGUAUCAAUGGAAACAAGUCACCUGGUUAUUUGAGUUUUUCCUAUAAAUUAAUUUGAAGAUCAGUUAUUUCAGUCCAAAUCUUAGACAAGGGAAGGACUAGAUGAUUCACAUCAGCUGUAUUAGUUGAGCAGAGGAAUUAAUCCUUCUCCCCAACCCAAUUAAUCAGGUUGAAACGGUUCUAAGAUCAAUGUUGUGUUUUGAGAGGUAGUUUAAAUUUAGAUUUAUUUGUAUAUGGUGUAAAAUUGUUUCUUAGAAGCAUUUUGGGUGCUAUUCUCGCAUUUCCUUUACCCCUUUUUCCAGAAAUAUGUUAACUGUUGAGACUUUAGGAAACAAUUGUUUUGGUGUGAGAUUAUUUUUGUAAAUUUUUUUCCAAAAUGAUUACAGGUUAGUAAUGUAUACUUAGCCAUGAGCUGGUAAUAGGAAUUUUUGAAAGCUCAUUUUGUUUGGUAUCUUGGUGACAUUUACAUCAAGUGUGGAGUUGUAAAAGAUUGUAUAUCAUAGAAAAGACAAAUGAAGCAUUGUUCUUAUACUCCAGAGGAGUAGUGUCUCUUGCUAAAAAUACUCUGCAUAAAGUAGCUCUUUUUGUACAUUGUAGAAAUCUAACCCAAACAAGCUCCCAGUUAUUCCUUGGUCCGAACCAGUUUUUUUAAUGUUAGUACCUGACUGAAUUUCCUGUUAGAAACUCAUACAGGAACUUUGAGAAUAUCAGGUAGGGGUUCUCAAUUGAAUGGAAGGGUGUGUUGAAAGUAUUUUUUUGUUAGCCACUAUCAGUCAUUUCCAUUAACAUUUCAACUUGUGAAAAUUUCAUGUAAAUUACCUCGUCCCACUUUGGCUACUGUAAAGUACCUAAUUUUUAUUUAUCUUAAUUUGUAAAAAGCUUUUGGAAUAUAUAAAUGAAUGCUAUUCAUUACUUACAGCAGAAUUUUCCAUAAGCUUUUUUUUUUUUUUUUUUUUUUUUAGUUUAAAUCCAUAUUUUUGCUGUUGAUUUGCUGUCCUUUUAUAGUGCUCUCAUCUGAAUAAUGCUCUCUUAUGUUAGAGAAAAUAGUGCACAUGAAUGGAAGUUUGUUGCUAUGAGUACCAGCAAAGUCAGCAAAUGUGAUGUUUCUCUAAUAAUUCAAGAAAUUAUCUUCAUUUUCUUGUCAUCGUAAAGUUUUCCUCUGUAAUAGAAGUCAAAAAUUCCUUCAUUUUAUUUCAGAUUUGUAAAUUUCAUAAAACUUCAUUUGGAAUUAAUAAAGCUAUGUACAAGGUAUAACUUAUAAAGACCAGGAGAAGCUUGAUUAUCAAUAAAUCUAGAAUUGACCCUAAAGGAAAUUAGUCAUCUAGCUAUCUUGAUAAUCAUUUUGGAAGUGACGUGAAUUAAGCUGUCAUGUAUCUUGAAUAUAUUUCUUAAUCUUG